GACCGAGCCCGAGCCUAAUGUCUGUUAUCGCCAUAUAUUUCAAACAGCGGCCCCGCCCCCGACACACACACACAGCAAACUUUAACCGAAAGUAAGAUGUUUCUUCUCAAGAAGACCUGCGACCUUUCGGCUGGAGAGAAGCUGACAGCGGCUCCGACAAGCUCCAGUCAUUCUCAUCAGAUUUUGCAGUGAUAGUUCUCUAAGGGAAGAUCCAGACUCUGCUCCCCUCCAGCACUUUGUGUUAAUGUUGAUAAAACUUGAUUUAAAAUCUCAAACAAACAUGGAGUCUCAAAGAGGACUAAGCAACAGAUGACCGACCUUAGAGGAGUCAAUGAUGGAGCAUCUGCCGGUGAAAAGUGGAGGAAGUGGUGCAACAGGCAGUCAAGAGGAGGAUUCUCCAUUGUAGGAUGGUCAGAGACAAUCUUAAUAAAACAGUAGUACAAAGCCAGAAACAGAACCACACAGCUGAGACACAACGUCAGCCCGCUGAAGAACCCGCAGGACCCAAACACGCACAGAGCCCAGAGAGCGUUAACCCAAAGAGCCCAGAGCCGACAGAGAGGCCGCUAGGUUUACUGCACUGGAACAAAUUCAGCUUUGAGGAAGAACCUGAAACCUGGCCCCAGCCACUGACUGGAGCUGAUGCUGAGAGCUUGCCCACACAUCUCCGUCCAUUCAGCAGCGCAGAGGAGUAUAAACUAGUGAAACACACUUACCUGCAGCUCCAACACAGUGGUUACUACUGGGGAGCGAUGACUAUGGAGGAGGCACAUGGAAUACUCUCACAGGCACCACUGGGCACCUUCCUCAUCAGAGACAGCGGCCAGCCGGAUGUUUUCUUCACUCUGAGUUACCAAAGCGAUGACGGACCGACCAGCGUUCGCGUCCAGCUGAACAACCUGCUCUUCAGUCUGUAUGGCAGCCACAGGACUUUUGCUUCACUCUUCUCUCUGCUCACCUAUUACACCGGCUCGUCCUGUAAGCUGACGGUGCCCUAUCGCAAACAGCGUCCGGAGCGCCUGAAGCAGAUGUGCAGGAGGGCUCUUACGCACACAUAUGGAGCAGAAAAUAUAAGAACCCUACCUGGACUCAGCACUCAAGUUAAAGACUAUGUUCAUGCGUACCCUUAUUGUAUAUAAACGUGUGUGGGCUAAGUGCCUGUUGCUGCAUCAAGAUGUUGUUUUGUUUUUAUUAUAACUAAAUACAAAUGUUGUGUGUUUGUGUUAUUUACAAUAACACAAGUAUUGCUUGAGUAUUUGGUUCAAUGUUCAAAAGUUAUUUGCACACAAUUUGAAAAUAGUAUGUGUCACAGUACGCAUGUUGACACGUGUUAUUGUUUGAAUUCCACAUUUCUUAUCUACGUAUACAGGACACGGUUUCAACGGAUCCUGAUUAACAGCUGCACCACUGCCUUCAAGAUACAUCAGUUUUUAACGUCCAACAACAUACAUACAUACAUACAGUUUGCUGCUCUUUUAAAGCUGCAUUAAUUCAUGUUCAGGCACUGGGGGAUAGAAGGGUACCAUAAGAAGCUAACAUAUCACCAGCCUUUUAAUGUUAUAGCUAUAACAGAUAUAACGUUUCUCGACACAGGAUGAAUGAAAUGUCCAGUUUUCUCUCCUCUUUUAAUUUGUUUUAAAUGGAAGCCACGCGCCACCAUUGUUGCGUUUACGUUUUUUAAUCCUGUUAUUUCGGGAUUGUGAGUUCAUUAUCUCAUUAUCUCAAAACAAAAGAGUUGUUUUCUGGUUAUAAUGGGUUAAUUAUCUCAUUAUCUGGGGGGCAGUUUUGUGUGACAAAUGCCUAAUCUUCAUGAGAAAGCAACUGUUUGGUUUUUUUAGAUAUGGAUUAUGGAUGAAAUUAGGAAGCCUUAUUUGAAUGAAGAAAAUUACCUUUUGUUUUCUAAAAAAUAAUUAAGUCGUUAUUAUGAGAAUGCAACUUUGUUAUACUGAGAUAACAAGACAAAAUAGCUGCAAGCACAGGCACUCUUUGGCUUCUGUGGUUUUGGCACCAACUCUGGAUGCUUAACUUUCUUUACCAGCUGGAGAGUUACUAAAUUAUAGUUAUAAUUUUUGCCUUCUGGCAGCAGCUGAGACUUAGAGAGUUGAUGAUUAUUCUCAGUGGGUUGGUCAAUAAGAACGACCCCUUUCCCAUUACAUGUAGUAAUUUGAAUUACUUGUAAUAUAACAGUAUUGAUUAAUGCAGUUUUAACUACUCAUCUAUACUUGAAAUCACUUUAUGUUCGUGGUUGCUGUCUUUAGUCCUGUGAAACGAAAAACUAUUUUGCAAAUCUUUGUUCAUGUUAAUAACUUAAAAUCUUACAGCUAGAAUGGGUAAUGUGUUUCAGUAGCAUUUUGUGUUUUAUUUGUUGAAAUACCCCUUUACAUCCUGACAGCAAUCAAUAAAUCAAAUGCUCUGGAAAAAACAAAACAAAGAGAAUCCGGUAUCUGUUGCUGUCGCAGCCCUUCUGGCUGAAUUAAAUGAUUGGCUACCGUGUACUCAUUGUGCAUGGAGGAGUGGCUUUGGAGAGGAAGUGGGUUUUUUGUUUUGUUGUUGGAUACUUUCCAAAGCUGUCUCUUGCUAGCUUUACAGAGGUACUCUACACGUAAACUAAACUAUACGACUGUACUAUAAUUAAACAUCACAGCUGGUGGUGAUAUUUACAUUCUCAUCUAAUUUAUGAAAAUCAGCAUUUCACUGGUUGAAAAUGGCUCAACAGGCCAAUCCUGACAUAUGCCAUCUCCCUCGCCCUGUAACCAGAGGGAUGCGCUCAUUUUUUAAAUGUAUACUUAUAGAGACACAUCAUUCACCAGAGUUAAUGCCUUUUUUUGCUAACCCUCAAGUUUGUUUUUUUGGACAGCCCUGGAUGAUAAUCCCAUACCCUAAUGCUGCAUUCACGUGGAUUCAGGUAGACAAACACCGUAUGGAAAAAAUGAAACAUGCAUGACGAUGCGUUGCUGUGGUGAUGUCUUGGUAACAUAGAAUGAAAUAAAAUAUAUUAAAUACAAUUAUUUUGUGUCUCUUAUGUCAUGUAAUUUUUCUAGUAUUGCUGUAAAAUGCAGCUUUCUCUAUAUUUUAUUGCCAACUUAAUAUUAAAGCUAAAUUCCUUCCGAGACUUAAGAUCAUUUAAUUCAUUUCCAACGUGGAUAGUGAAAGUUUCUCCUUGUGUGAGGGAACUACGUAACAUCUGCUUGGAAAUACUGUUUCGGAGGACAGAAGGUAUUCUCUGUCGACCUCACCCAGACAGAAAUCAUAUUAGUGGACGAGGCCACUAAUAUGAUUUCUAUCUGCCUGAAUCCAUAUUAAUGCUGCAGUCUUGUUGUCACAAACUUCCUACUACGUAUUAACUGUAUAAAAUAUGUAUAAUGUACUUAUCUUUAGUAUGCUGUUUUUAAGUUUUCGGAUUUUCUGCCCGUCCAUCCGUCCCAUUCUUGUGAACGUG